AUGCAGAAUCAGCGUCACCAUAGGACUUUGUCACACAAUAACUUAAGUGGUUCAAUUCCAAAAUCCAUUUCGAAGUUAAACAAGCUGAAGAUUCUGAAGUUGGAGUUUAAUGAGCUAAGUGGAGAGAUACCACAAGAACUAGGAAAAUUGGAAAAUCUUCUAGCUGUAAAUGUUUCAUAUAACAGACUCAUAGGAAGGCUCCCUGUUGCUGGUGUAUUUCCCAGCUUGGAUCAAACUGCAUUGGAGGGAAAUUUAGGCCUCUGCUCACCUUUGUUAAAGGGACCUUGUAAAUUGAAUGUUCCAAAGCCUCUUGUUCUUGACCCAAAUGCAUAUGCCAAUCAAAUUGAUGGUCACAGGCCAAGAAGUGAAUCCUCAAAUCCAAAAUCCAGUCGUCGCAUGUUCCUUAGUGUUUCUGCAAUUGUUGCGAUUUCUGCAGCUGUUAUAAUUGCAUUUGGAGUGGUAGUAAUUAGUCUAUUAAAUGUAUCAGCCAGAAGGAAACUUGCCUUUGUUGAUACUGCCCUGGAAAGCAUGUGCUCAAGCUCUUCGAGGUCUGGAAAUAUCACUGCCAGUAAGCUGAUUCUGUUCGAUACAAGAUCAUCACCGGAUUGGAUCAUCAACAAUCCUGAAGCCCUCCUGAAAAAGGCGGGGGAGAUUGGCGAAGGAGUCUUUGGUACUGUAUACAAGGUACCACUGGGGGCAGAAGGAAGAAUGGUAGCAAUCAAAAAGCUUGUUACAUCAAACAUAAUCCAACAUCCUGAAGACUUUGAACGAGAAGUUAGAGUACUGGGAAAAGCAAGGCACCCGAAUUUGAUAUCCCUGGAAGGCUACUAUUGGACACCUCAAUUACAACUUCUAGUCUCAGAUUAUGCACCAAAUGGUAGCUUGCAAGUCAAGCUUCAUGAAAGACUCCCUUCAACUCCACCGCUUUCUUGGACAAACAGAUUCAGAGUAAUACUUGGAACAGCUAAAGGACUUGCUCAUCUGCAUCAUUUCCGUCCGCCUAUAAUUCACUACAACAUAAAACCCAGCAAUAUCUUGCUUGAUGAGAACUUCAACCCCAAGAUUUCGGACUUUGGCCUCGCGAGAUUGUUGACGAAGCUUGAUAAACAUGUGAUGAGCAAUAGGUUUCAGAGUGCAGUAGGGUAUGUAGCACCAGAAUUGACAUGCCAGAGCCUGAGGGUGAAUGAGAAAUGUGAUGUUUAUGGAUUUGGGGUGCUGAUACUUGAGGUUGUGACAGGGAGGAGGCCAGUUGAAUAUGGAGAAGACAAUGUGGUAAUAUUAAGUGACCAUGUGAGAGUAAUGUUAGAGCAAGGGAAUGCGUUGGAAUGUGUGGAUUCAGGCAUGGGAGAUUAUCCAGAAGAUGAGGUUUUGCCAGUGCUCAAAUUGGCCCUGGUUUGCACUUCUCAGGUGCCAUCAAGCAGGCCUUCCAUGGCUGAAAUCCUCCAAAUUUUGCAAGUCAUCAAGACCCCACUUCCUCAAAGAAUGGAAAUGUUCUAAGAACAUAAUUUCUUAAUUUGACCUGUUGACUUUAUCGUUAUUUUUGUUUAAAUUGGUGUGUUGUACCCUUAUCGGUUGUAGUAUAUUUAAAGCUGGAUGGAAUAUACCAGUUGUUUUUCAAGUUAAA